UUGGGUUGGGAGUUGAGUUGGGGCCGUUGGGGGUUGUUUGCUGGUUGAAUUGUUUUGUUAGAGAAAGUUAAGUUAACCUAGCAGGAACAUUUUGCCUAUUUAUUUUGUGUGAGUUACUUACUUAACUUAAAGAUAUUUGAGUUCGAAAAUGGAUCUCCCUAGCACAUCCCAAACUCUACUCAACACUACAGAUGAAGCAAAUGAUAAUGAUAUUCGUGUAAAAUUGCAUUACAUGAAUCUAUUGGAAGAAGUUGAUAGUAUUACAGAUAGUUCAAAUGUUCCUCAAAGUAUUAGGAAACUCAAUGGAGUAAUUGACAAAGCCAACCAGCUUUUCUGUCAAGUCAAGAAGCCAAGUCAUCUUUAUUUGGACGCCAAAGUAAUACACUCAUCUACCAGAACACUCGAAGACACAACUGUAAACUUAGAUGUUGGAGAGGGCAAUUUUAAAUUGUUCCAGUUUGCCGAACAGCUGAGGUCUAAGACGCUAAAUGACAGAGACCAACCGUCAUGGGAAGUGUUAGCAGCUGUAGCCCAGCCUGUUCUACACAACUCUCUUCCUCAUUGGGCUCCUCUGCUGGGCUCAUUUAACUACCAAGCAGAGGUGUCUGUGAUACAGAACAAAGAGAGAAGGCCUAGAGCUGCAAGAGAAAAGGAUCAAGUUGUUGAAAAAGAAGAACCAGAAAAGUUGAAAAGCGUUGACAAGACACAUGAAGGAAUUGCAGAAACCAUCCAAAACAUUUAUGGAAAACUAAAAACUUUUUAUAAACGCAAUGGAAAAAGGCCCAUUAAUUAUUUCAAAUUUGUCAUCAAUCCUACUUCAUUUUCUGCGACAGUUGAGAAUAUAUUUCAUGUGUCAUUCCUAAUUAAUGAUGGUGUCGUCAAAAUGGAACUAGACCACGACCAUUGGUGA